UUCAACAGAUAAGGCAAGAGUUUCAUUCCCCCCUUCUUUUUCUCCACUCACUCACACUCUUCCUCUACUUUCACCUCUCUUCUCUAGCCAUGGCGGAAGCUUCUAGAAUACUCCAAUCAGGUUUCCUUCCUCCUUUCUCCCAUAAUUCUCCAUCUCACAGAACCACUCUCCACUUCAACUCCUCCUACACUUUCCACAGAAGAAACAGUACUACUCCUAACACCAUUAAUAUUCGCUGUUCUUCAUCAGUUUCCGCAGCUGAAACUACCAAACCGACAAAAGCAGAGAAUGUUCCGUGGGGCUGCGACAUUGAUUCUCUCGAAAAUGCAUCCACUUUGCAGAAAUGGUUGUCGGAUUCGGGACUGCCUGACCAGAAAAUGGGCAUACAAAGAGUGGAUGUUGGAGAAAGAGGCCUUGUUGCUCUAAAAAAUAUUAGGAAAGGGGAAAAGUUGCUCUUUGUUCCUCCCUCACUUGUCAUCACUGCUGACUCGAAAUGGAGCAACCCUGAGGCUGGUGCUGUGUUAAAACAAUACAAUGUUCCAGAUUGGCCUUUUCUUGCUACAUAUUUAAUAAGCGAGGCAAGCCUCAUGAAAUCUUCAAGAUGGAGUAACUAUAUUUCUGCCUUGCCUAGACAGCCUUACUCUCUCUUGUACUGGACUCGUUCUGAGCUAGACAGGUAUUUGGAAGCAUCACAAAUAAGAGAACGGGCAAUUGAAAGGAUAAAUAACGUCACUGGAACGUACAAUGAUUUAAAACUCAGAAUAUUUUCCAAACAUCCUGAUUUAUUUCCUGAAGAGAUAUUCAACAUAGAGACUUUCAACUGGUCAUUUGGAAUUCUCUUCUCACGUUUGGUCAGAUUACCCUCUAUGGAUGGAAGAGUUGCCUUGGUUCCUUGGGCAGAUAUGCUGAAUCAUAAUUGUGAGGUGGAAACUUUUCUUGACUAUGAUAAAUCAUCGCAAGGAAUUGUCUUUACAACGGACAGGGCAUAUCAGCCAGGUGAGCAGGUUUUUAUAUCAUAUGGAAGGAAAUCUAAUGGAGAGCUUUUGCUUUCAUAUGGAUUUGUUCCUAGAGAAGGCACCAAUCCUAGUGAUUCAGUUGAGUUGUCAUUUUCACUUAAGAAAUCUGAUAAAUGUUACAAGGAGAAGGUGGAGGCUCUGAAGAAGCAUGGGUUAUCAGCGUCGGAAUGCUUUCCUAUACAAGUCACUGGUUGGCCAUUGGAAUUGAUGGCGUUUGCUUAUCUAGUAGUCAGUCCACCUAGCAUGAGCAGACAGUUUGGAGAGAUGGCUGCUGCAGCAUCGAAUAAGUCAACAUCAAAGAAGGAUAUGAAGUACCCGGAGAUAGAAGAAGAAGCAUUGCAAUUUAUUCUGGAUAGUUGUGAAUCCAGCAUAUCAAAGUAUUCCAAGUUCCUUCAGGCAAGUGGAGAAAUGGAUCUCGACGUAACGAAUCCAAAGCAGCUAAACAGAAGAGUGUUUCUGAAACAGCUAGCAGUUGAUCUCUGCACAAGUGAGCGGAGGAUACUCUUCCGUAGCCAAUAUAUACUGAGGAGAAGAUUGAGGGAUAUUAGGAGCGGCGAACUGAAAGCUCUCAACUUAUUUGAUGGACUUAGGAACCUUUUCAAAUAACUUGUUGAAUGACUCUUCCCCCAUUUUGAUAUCAACCCUUCUGCUUUCGGGCGAAGUUAUCCACUGUCUCAAUGUUGAAUUGCUAAGAAGUCAUUGUUUUACAAUUUGAGACAGCACAAAGGAGUGGAGUCUCUUCUCUUUAUAAUUUUAAUCACUGUGUCAUGUAUGUAUAAUACAUGUUGUAUCUUUCAACUUAACUUCGAUAACUUUGUAAUUUGUAAACGCUUUUGAGGUUAUUCAGACUUCUGCUUACAGAGCUG